CCAUGAUCAUUCCGCGAUCCACGCUCGCCGCGAGUGGUUGCUCUUUGCACCAAGCGUUUGUCUAUUUAAAGAGUAAGAAGAAGCAGAGCACGUCUCUCCCUCCGUUCUUUCGAUUCACCCAACUACGAAAUAAGCAUACAGAGCGAAUACAGCCGGAAACUAUGACGACAUUUGAAUUAAGAAAUUUGGACGAAUGUCUGGAAAAACAUUUGCCAGCCGAGGAGCUGAAAGAAGUCAAACGCAUACUCUACGGAGUUGAGAAAGACAACACUCUGAAGCUGCCAGAGAGCGCUUACAAGACCGCCGAGCAGAAUGGCUUCGAGAUCAAGGGCUACAGCUUUGAGGCUCGUCCCGAGGAGCUGCGUAAGCCGCGCCUGGUGCGCAUUGGCGCCAUACAGAACUCCAUAGCUCUGCCAACGACGGCGCCUAUCGAGAAGCAGCGCGAGGGCAUUUGGAGUAAAGUGAAGCUCAUGAUCAAGGCCGCAGCCGAGGCAGGCUGCAAUAUUGUGUGCACCCAGGAGGCGUGGACCAUGCCCUUUGCCUUCUGCACUCGCGAAAAGUUUCCCUGGUGCGAGUUCGCCGAGGAGGCCGAACAUGGCCCGACGACCAAAAUGAUGUCAGAGCUAGCCAAGGCCUACAACAUGGUCAUCAUACACUCCAUCUUGGAGCGAGACAUGGAGCACGGCGAGACCAUUUGGAAUACGGCUGUUGUCAUCUCGAACAGUGGCCGUUACAUGGGCAAACAUCGCAAGAAUCACAUACCGCGUGUGGGUGACUUCAAUGAGUCCACCUACUACUUCGAGGGCAACACCGGGCAUCCCGUUUUCGAGACAGAGUUCGGCAAGCUGGCGAUCAACAUUUGCUAUGGCCGGCAUCAUCCCCAGAAUUGGAUGAUGUUCGGUUUGAAUGGAGCUGAAAUUGUGUUCAAUCCGUCGGCUACGAUUGGACGCCUCUCGGAGCCCCUGUGGGGCAUAGAGGCAAGGAAUGCGGCUAUAGCGAACAGCUACUUCACAGUGGCCAUCAAUCGAGUGGGCACUGAGAAGUUUCCCAACGAGUACACCUCCGGGGAUGGCAAGGCAGCGCAUAAGGAAUUCGGACCCUUUUAUGGCUCUACUUAUGUGGCGGCACCAGAUGGCUCCAGAACUCCCAGCUUAUCCCGCUGUGAGGACGGUCUGCUGGUCACGGAGGUGGAUCUGAAUCUGUGUCGCCAGGUCAAGGACUUCUGGGGCUUCCGCAUGACCCAAAGGCUUCCACUCUAUGCCGAAUCCUUAAGCAAGGCAGCCGCACUAGAUUUCCAGCCACAAAUCGUGCGAGAGAAGUAGA